UUCAGAGCCGCUGCUCUUUCUGAAGGUCUGGCUAAAUCCCAUGGCGGUAAUGCACAGUCGUUCACACCAGGUGGCAGCACAUUGCUUUUACCACUACCCGAGAAGAAGAAGAGAGGGAACGCACCAACAACCUUCCGUCUUGCCUUUUACGUUCAGGUUACAAAACAGCGGCUGAGAUCCUCGAAAGCUCUCCGAACCGCGGGGAGCUGAACGUGGCGGCGAAUGGCACUGGAACGGUUCUGCAGUGCGGACGGUUCCGAUCCUUUCUGGGACUGGAACAGCACCUGGAACACUUCUAAUCCAGACCUACCGCAGUGUUUCCAAAACACCGUCCUGGUGUGGGUGCCAUGCUUUUACCUGUGGCUGUGUGCCCCCAUCUACCUCCUCUACCUCCACAGCCAUGGCCGUGGCUACAUAUGCAUGAGCCCCCUGAACAAGGCGAAAACCGCGGUAGGUUUCCUGUUGUGGAUCAUCUGCUGGUCAGAUGUGUUCUAUUCCUUCUGGGAGAGGAGUCACAGCGGCAGCGCCACAGUACCGGUCCACCUCGUCAGUCCCACCUUACUGGGACUCACAAUGCUGCUGGCCACCUUUAUAAUCCAGUAUGAACGGAUAAAAGGGGUGCAGUCCUCUGGAGUUAUGCUGAUCUUCUGGCUGCUGGCUCUGCUGUGCGCCACCGUCACCUUCAGGUCAAAGAUCCUCCAGGCGCUGGGUGAGCCAGAGACCGUGUGCAUAUGGAGGUACACCACCUUCUAUAUCUACUACGCCUUCCUCCUGGUGGCCCUGGUUCUGUCCAGCCUGACUGAUCAACCACCACUCUUCUCUCAGGCUGUGAAGGAAACGAACCCUUGUCCUGAGCCUGGAGCUUCUUUCCUCUCCAGGAUAACCUUCUGGUGGAUCACAGGGAUGAUGAUGGUCGGGUACAGACGCCCACUGGAGGAAAAAGAUCUUUGGUCUUUAAACCCAGAGGACUGCUCCCAAAAAGUGGUGCCACAGCUGGUUCAUCGCUGGAACUCGGAGUGCCAAAAAGUCAAGAGGACAGAGCAGCGAACUGUAUACUCUCCUAAGCGGGCCCCUCAUGGUGAGAGCAGAGAAGGCCAACCUGUAGAAGAGUCUGAAAUCCUGCUCAUAAAGACCCCCAGGAAAACUAAAGAGCCCUCCCUGCUCUGGGCACUGUGCCUGACCUUCGGACCCUACUUUCUCAUCUCCUGCCUCUAUAAAAUCAUCCAGGACGUUCUUAUGUUUGUUGGGCCUGAGAUCCUAAGAUUGCUUAUACGCUUUGUGAAUGACUCCAGCGCCCCCUCCUGGCAGGGCUUUUUUUACACCGCUCUGCUCUUCAUAUGCACUUGUGUGCAGUCGCUGAUUCUUCAGAGGUACUUUCAUGUCUGCUUUGUCUCAGGCAUGCGUCUGCGGACUGCCAUCAUCGGGGCCGUCUACAGAAAGGCCUUGGUCAUAAGCAAUGCAGCACGGCGCACGUCGACAGUGGGAGAAAUCGUCAAUCUGAUGUCAGUGGACGCUCAGCGCUUCAUGGACCUCGUAACAUACAUCAAUAUGGUUUGGUCUGCCCCUCUGCAGGUGGUGCUAGCCCUCUAUUUCCUCUGGCAGAACCUGGGUCCAUCUGUUCUGGCUGGAGUGGCUGUGAUGGUUCUGAUGGUUCCAAUUAAUGCUGUGAUUGCCAUGAAAACGAAAACCUACCAGGUGGCUCAGAUGAAGAGCAAGGACAACCGCAUUAAACUGAUGAAUGAGAUGCUGAAUGGCAUCAAGGUGCUGAAGCUCUACGCCUGGGAACUGGCCUUUAAGGAAAAGGUGACGGCCAUACGGGAGAGCGAGCUGCGCGUGCUGAAGAAGGCUGCUUAUCUGGGCGCCGUGUCCACCUUCACCUGGGUCUGUGCUCCCUUCCUGGUUGCCCUGUCCACUUUUGCUGUGUACGUCCUCAUUGAUGAAGAGAACGUGCUCGACGCUCAGAAGGCCUUUGUGUCACUGGCGCUUUUCAACAUCCUGCGUUUUCCUCUCAACAUGCUGCCCUUUGUCAUCAGUAGCAUUGUGCAGGUCAGUGUGUCCCUGAAGCGGCUGCGAGCGUUUCUGUCAAAUGAGGAGCUUCAACUAGACAGCGUGGAGCACACAACACUGGCUGGUUCUGCACAAAGCAUCUCUAUAGUAGAUGGAGUCUUCAGCUGGUCCAAAACUGAAACACCAACACUCAAGAGGCUGAAUGUUUGCAUCCCAGAAGGCUCGUUGGUAGCAGUGGUGGGACACGUUGGCUCAGGAAAGUCCUCACUGCUCUCUGCCCUCCUGGGAGAGAUGGACAAACUUGAAGGAGUUGUGGCUGUGAAGGGUUCUGUGGCCUAUGUUCCACAACAGGCCUGGAUCCAGAACUCCACACUGAAGGAGAACAUCGUGUUUGGUCAGGGGAAGAGGGAGGACUGGUACAACCAAGUGGUGGAGGCAUGUGCUCUCCAGCCGGACCUGGAGAUACUCCCUGCAGGAGAUGAAACCGAGAUUGGGGAGAAGGGAGUAAAUCUGUCUGGUGGCCAGAAGCAAAGGCUGAGCCUGGCCAGGGCGGUGUAUUGUGACCGUGCUGUCUACCUGCUGGAUGACCCUCUGUCUGCUGUUGAUGCUCAUGUGGGAAAACACAUCUUUGAUCAUGUCAUCGGCCCGCAGGGCAUACUGAAGGACAAGACUCGAGUGCUGGUGACCCAUGGUUUGAGCUACCUUCCCCAGACCGACCUGAUCCUGGUCAUGGUAGAGGGGGAGAUCACAGAGGUAGGCUCCUACCAGCAGCUCAUGGCCAAAGAGGGCGCCUUUGCUGAGUUUCAGCGAACAUACACCACUGUUGACCAAGCUGAAGACGGUGAGUUUAAAACAGGCGCCAAGACUGGAGCCAAAGCAGUGGAAAACGGUGCUGUGCCUGCUCUCAUUGGCAGCCCAGCUGUCAAUAGUGAAUCCAAAAAGUCCCCUGAGGCUAAUGAUGCCAGAGAACCGAACAAGAACACCAGGAACGCCGAGACAGGGAAGCUGACUGAAGCUGACAAAGCCAACACUGGGCGGGUCAAGAUGGUGAUAUUUUGGGCGUAUCUGAAAGCCAUCGGUGUGUUUUUGUCCUGCUUCAGUCUGCUGCUGUUCCUGACCCACCAUGUGGUCUCCCUCUUCUCCAACUACUGGCUCAGUCUGUGGACUGAUGACCCGGUGGUCAAUGGCACUCAGCCUUACAGACUUAUGAGACUGGGGGUGUACGGUGGUUUGGGUCUGACCCAAGGUGUAGCAGUCUUUUGUUAUUCCCUCUCCAUCUCCAUCGGGGGCAUAAUGGCUUCCCGCUUCCUCCACCAGUCCAUAUUAUACGAAGUCCUGCGCUCACCCAUGUCCUUCUUUGAGAAAACCCCGAGCGGCAACCUGGUCAACCGCUUUGCCAAGGAGAUGGACACCAUUGACUCCGUUAUCCCCAACAUCCUUAAAAUGUUCAUGGGCUCCUUGUUCAACGUGUUGGGUUCUUGUCUCAUCAUCCUGUUUGCCACACCACUUGUGGCUAUCAUCAUUCCUUUCCUUGGGCUGCUCUACUUUUUUGUGCAGAGGUUUUACGUGGCAACUUCUCGCCAGCUGAAGCGCCUCGAGUCGGUCAGCCGUUCACCAAUCUACACCCACUUCAACGAAACUUUGCUGGGCACCUCUGUCAUCCGAGCUUUUGGUGAGCAGGAGCGGUUCAUCCAUGAGAGUGACCACCGGGUAGACCACAACCAGAAGGCCUACUACCCUGGUAUAGUAGCUAACAGGUGGCUGGCAAUUCGGCUGGAGUUUGUAGGCAACUGCAUUGUGUCGUUUGCUGCCCUGUUUGCUGUCAUAGCCAGAGAAAGCCUCAGCCCCGGCAUCAUGGGGCUGUCCAUCUCCUACGCCCUGCAGCUGACUGCCUCACUGACGUGGCUGGUGAGAAUGUCCUCUGAUGUAGAGACAAAUAUUGUGGCUGUGGAGCGGGUGAAGGAGUACUGCAACACUGAGAAAGAGGCAGAGUGGCAACAUGAGCCUCCCACCAUUCCCCCUGGCUGGCCCUCUCAGGGCUGCAUAGAUAUUCAGGGCUUUGGGCUGCGCUAUCGCCACGACCUGGACCUGGCCAUUCGCAAUAUCACCAUCACUAUUAACGGAGGCGAGAAGGUAGGGAUUGUGGGGCGGACUGGUGCAGGGAAGUCCUCCUUAACACUGGGGCUGUUCCGGAUCAUUGAAGCAGCAGAGGGCCACAUCUUCAUAGAUGGAGUGGACAUUGCUAGCCUAGGCCUCCACGAGCUGCGCUCCAGAAUCACCAUCAUCCCACAGGACCCCGUGCUGUUCUCCGGCUCUUUGAGGAUGAACCUCGACCCUUUUGACUCCUACUCUGAUGAGGAAAUCUGGAGGGCUUUGGAGUUCUCCCAUCUCAAGAACUUUGUCUCAGGCCUGCCCGACAAACUCAGCCAUGAGUGUAGUGAAGGAGGAGAAAACCUCAGCGUGGGUCAGAGGCAGCUGCUGUGCCUCGCCAGAGCUCUGCUGAGGAAGACCAAAGUCCUGGUGUUGGAUGAGGCCACUGCAGCCGUGGACAUGGAGACGGACAACUUGAUCCAGUCCACCAUCCGCUCCCAGUUUGACGACUCCACCGUCCUGACAAUAGCCCAUCGCCUUAACACCAUCAUGGACUACACCAGGGUCCUGGUGUUGGACAAAGGAGAGAUGGCCGAGUUCGACUCCCCGUCCAAUCUCCUCGCUCACAGAGGAGUGUUUUACAAAAUGGCCAAAGAUGCUGGACUGGUCUGAAGAAGGAAGUCUUUUAGCCUUGUUCAGCAGCGUCACCGAGCCUCCCAGCUCCCCCGGCUCUGGACUGGAGGGAUGGUUUUCUUUCAGAGCGGCAGGCAAAUGAAAAAGGACUGUUUUAUGACAGUAAAUGGUUUCGUUUACCAAACUCCACCCUAAUGUUCCAUCCUCAGCUACAUGGUUUGGUUCCUGCCUGUCCUAAGCUUCUUGUUUCUUCCUGUCUGUGCUCAUCCUGGUGGUUUCUGGCCAGUCCAAUUUCUUUCUCUGUCGGUCGUCAUAUGGAGGCUAUGUUACCAACAGAGAUUAGCACUGCUGAGGCGAGGGUGCAGACACCAUACGUGCCAAAAGCUGCCUUCAUAUCAUUUAAAAUGUAGUUUUUUAAGAAGAAAAAGACGCACACCUCUGUUUUCUGUGUAUACACACACCAUAAACGCUGUCAAUCAUCCAGCUGCAGAUCUCACUGGGCUGCACAAGUCCAGCAAUCAUCCUGGGUGUUUCUAAAACAAUCGUCUUGUCUUGUCUUGUGUUGUACUUUAGGAGUAGUAGCAGCAGAUUUGUCUCCCAGCCAGGAGGGGGAGCUCAGCCGGCUGCGGCUUUACUCUCAAACAUGGAAAUCACUCGGCUGGAAUGUAAAGUAAACAGAGGUUACGUCUACGCUGGUGUAGAUUCUCAGUAAUCCAGGACAUGACCGCUCAAAGUGCUGAAUUAGACGGCAGCUGGACCCGGUCUCUUUGAUUCGGGAAGACGUUUCACCACCAAGGUUUCCUGGGUUCCCUGGAGAACCCAGGAAGCCCUGUGGAUGAGAGGUGAAACGUCCGCUACAGCGUUUAGGAUAAGAAGAGCUCAGGAAUGAGAAUCACACAGUGGUUCAGGAUUAGAUAGGAAUAGAAUUCUGUCCAUAAAUGAUCAUUGCUGAGGACAAAUACAUCCACACCACUUGAACAUUUUCACCAUACAGCCUCAGGCAUCCAUGUAUUUUAUCAGAUUUGUAUGCGAUAAACCAGCAGUAAGCUGUGCAUAAUAGUGACGUAGAUGGAAAGGGGAAGGUCAUUUCAAAAAUUCUAAAAAAAAAAAAA